CGUAUGAAAGUUCCACUCAUUGUCUCAUUUCCUUUCAAAUACUAGUACUACAUAAACUUCCAUUUGAACCAAACCUUCUCCAUUUAAAUUUCUCCCCAACUUCCUUAACUUCCAUACAUAAAUUCCUCUCUUUCUCUCUUCCAAACACAAAAAAAACAUAAUGGGUUUCUUCAAAGAAAACAGGGUUGUCCGAGGCGUCAAAACUGUCUUGUUUUUAAUCACUAUGUUCGUGUCUUUUCUCGUCUUCUCAGCUCCGAUUCUGUUGAUCAUAGCUGACACUCUCGUCCCUUCCGCCUUGCUUUCUGCCUCCGUCUCGCCUCAGCCUCUCUAUGCUCAUCUUUCGAACUACGAUUUUCGGUAUUCCUUGAUCGAUAUUCCCAUCGUCUCCAUCAUCCGAUCAGCCAUCAUAUUAUGUGUUUACAGUUUAUGCGACAGACCCGGGAUUUCGAGGGGACCUUACUUCGCUAUAGCGACGAUUUGUUCCGUUUCGUCGCUUAUAUUUGUGUCGCUAAAGGCUUCAUAUGUGUUUAGCACCUUAAGCUACACUUCCGUAGAUGCAUAUGGGAGAGCUAUGGAGAUUGCUCUGUUUCUCAGCUCCUGGAUUCUAGCGAUCGGACACAUAGUUGUGGCAUACAGAAUCAGCUGCAGAGAAAGGAGGAAGCUUCUUGUUUACAAGAUUGAUAUUGAAGCUGUUUCACUGAUGCAAGAAUGGGUAUCCAAGGUUGCAAAAAGCUCUGCAAGAAGAAAAAGUGAAGUGAAAAGCAUAACAUAAUCAAAAGAAAAAGACCAGUUCAACAUGGGCAUUUUCCUAUUCUUUCGGCCAGACCCAAUUUUCCUAUAAUCAGGGCUGCAGGUUUUUAUCCGAAGGAUGAAAACGGCAACCUGGUGGCCGAUUCAAGACAGAGAAUUCCGAACAAGUGAAGUAGCGUGUAUAAACGUUUCAUAUUGUGACAAAUAGGAUUGUAUAUGAAUACCGGUGAGUAUUGUAUCUCAGAGAGUUUCAGUAUAGUGAGAGGCAUGGGGGGAACUAGCAUCUACCGAUCUGUCCCCCACAAUUGUACAGAUUCUUUGCGUUGUAAUUCGAUUUUUUUUCUUUUAAUAUAUGCAAGUUAGCUGCA